AUGUGGUUUCUUGCCAGCCUGUUCUUAGCUUUCUUUCUCAACGACCAGGCAUACGGCCGCCUCACCGCCUCCCUCACUGCAGGGCUCUACCUCGCGUUCAAGCUCUCCACCUCGCUCGACAGGGUGCUCCUCUUUGUGUCCGCUGUUCGCCAAGCGGUUGGGAAAGGCGAGCAGUAUGGGACCGAGGCCACGCCUGACGAGGUAUGCUUUUUGGUGAAGGGGAAAGAUUCCAAAAGCAGUAUGGCACUGCGGCCACAGCUAGCUAGGUGUGUAUCGUCACAGCAGAGUACACAUGGCCAUUCUAGGGGAGGGGACGAAUGGCCAUGUGGUGGACUCUGCUUGCAGGCAGAGGAGACAACAGAGCGAUGUGGCUCCAGGUGGCAGCAGCCGGCAACAUGUGUGCCAUCUGCCAGGAGCACAUGA